CUUGUUGGGCCGCUGGUCUGCGCGAGUUUUAGUCCAAGCUCUGGCACGAGCGCGACGACGACUCCGCUGGUCGAUUCGUCGUCUCCUCUCUUUUCCUCCUCCUCCGCCGCCGCCGCCGUGACUCGCCGCUCCGACCAUGUCCUCCGCCGCCGGUGAGGACUCGUCGUCGUCCCGAAAGGGGAAGGAGAAGGAGGAGGACGGCGCCGGCGGUGCCGGCGAGAGCCACCGGGAGGAGGGGGUUGCGGUGGUGGAGGGGGAAGUGGAUCUGGGCGACCUCUACGGUGCGGCGGCGGGGUGGGUGGAGGCGCGGACCAGCUGCCCGCACCUCGGCACCAUGCCGCCCGCUGGUGCGGCCGACCUCGAGGGCGUGCCCCCGCCGGACUCCCCGUGCUCCAGAUGUCAUCACCCUGCUGAAAACUGGCUAUGCUUGAUCUGCAAAGAUGUGCUGUGCAGUCGUUUUAUUAACAAACAUAUGUUGUGCCAUUAUCAAGAAAAAGGUCACUGUCUUGCUUUGAGCUUCAGUGAUCUGUCAGUUUGGUGUUUCGGAUGUGACUCAUACCUAGAUGUUCAAGCAAUCUUAGAACUGCGUCCAGUCUAUGAAAUUGCACAUCUAUUGAAGUUUGGAGAACAUCCACCUUUUCGAUCACUUGAAGUCCUGGAGUUGAGCUCCAGUGAAAAUAGAAGUUUGUCAUCAGGGCCCUAGUUCUCGAUAUUCUGCUACUGAAUUUCUUUUCACGGUGCUUCAAUCAGAUUCAGACAGACAGUUGGCAGUUGUCUACUAACCUAGUACUUGUUAAGCUUCGGUGCAAUAUAAUUCAUCUGCCCUGUUACUUUUGGUUACAACAUUUUAACUACUCGGAGCUUCCUUAGAUAGUUAUUGUGACGUAGUUUGUUGUGGUGAACAUGAAGCAAACAACAGGUGUAAAAGUCUGUACCUUUGAAGAUGAUAAAGGUAUUAUAAUUACUUUGAUAUAGACAUCUAGAAAAGUAUUCAACUUCGAAUA